AUGGGAAGAUCCUCAAUAUUAAACUUAGAGAAAUUGGUUAGGAGCUCUAAAUUAUACAAAAAUUCAUGGAAUAACAUUAUUGGCAGCGCAAAGUUAUCGAUCUUUGGCCAUAACACUGGUUUGUCAAGAUACUCAAGAAAUCGUUUUGUUGGAGACGAGGAGUGGUUGAAACCUUUGCAGGGCCCCAGUAGAUGUAGAUGGUACUGGCCAAGCAAGUAUAUGCACAUGGACUUUACCCUGCGCCAUUGUAUUGCUAUGCAAAUAUCCCGCUUUAAAAGAAAACAAGACGAACCAGCCAUCUUAGAUUUGUGGAACACCGUUGCAAAGUUUAGCGCGAACAAGGAUUCCAUAAAAUCUUUUCUAGAAUCUGUGGAUUCCUACACAUUCUCAAACUCAAUCACGAUUCAGGAUACACAUUCUUUAUAUUACCUAAUUUUUAGAGAAUCUCCGCUAUCUUUCCAAGUUGAUAAAUGUUUCACCUCAAAGUUUGAAAAUCCGAAAUAUUUCCCCUUUAUAAAAUAUACGCUAAAGGGUUUGGAAGAAAAUUUUCAGCCUAAGAAGGACAUAAAAGUGGAUGUACAGCUUAGGAAUAGACUAAGAUUACUACUGCAAGAAGACCCUUCACUAGUCAAAUGCUUUAAGACUAGAAACAGAUUUGUAGAUACGUUGUAUUUGAGGAGAAGGAACUACUAUUUGGAUAAAGUUUCUCGGAAGAAAAAGAUUAGCGAGAUAAAGCAAAAGUACAAGAGCCACUUCCUUACUCAUCCUGACGAGAAAACAAUUUGGCCUGAUAGUAAGGGAAUCCACCAGCACAAGUGGCCGAGUAUAUAG